AUGGAUGAGAAUAUGUACAAUCUACUCGCUACAAGAGCUAAUUAUGGCAAGCGCGUAUACUACUCUUGGCGGGAGUUGUUCCAACAGCAAAAAGAUAAAGCGAUCGAGUACGUGCUUCAGCUUUUUAUCGAUAUGACCGGUUUUGAGUACACCUUGGAGGACACCGACUUGAUGUUGCUAAAUGAAGACGCCCAUCGUCUGCUCGAGGAGAAAAUAUUAAAAGCGACAUUUGAGGAACGAGACUUUCUGGAAAAUUGUGUAUUUAUAGCCAACUUCAACCAAUUCUGGCAGCACGUAAUCGUACACCAAUGGAAGGACCUCAUGCAUGAGAACGAUUGGUUCAACAAGAGUCUCAUGCUGGUCAUGGUGUUUUGCAACAGCGAAAAUGACGUAUGUACGAUGGUCGGAUGUUUCAUCGGUACAAAUCUGUUGCCCCAGCUUUGUGCCGCCCGGUUGAAUUUGUUGAACGACAUGGAACGGGUGUGCUGUUGGCGCGAUAGUCAGCGGAAAAGUACGCUAAAAAAGAAACAGCAGUAUCUGGACCAGAUUUGCCAGAUCCUUCUUCCGGAUCUUAGGCAUGGUUUGAAAUAUAGCAAACUUUCCUCCUUUGUAAUGGAAAAGAUUUGCGAAACCAUCCUAGCAUAUCCGGACCUAAUGAUAACGGAAUACGAUCAGCUUGAUCUGAUCGGUGCUGGCUUGGUUUGGAAGAACAGGAAAGGAACACAAACUGUGCUGAAGUGUUUAAAAAUCCUGAUGAGUGAUACGUUUAGUGCUAACAUACGGGAAGCUGUUGGAUUGUAUGUGCUUAAAACCGAAUCUCAACUAACGCGCAUAAUGGAUUCAUUCAAAAUGACCGAAUCAGCAAUCCUUCACUUAUUUCUGGACGCUCUGAGUAUUGUAGGUAGUAUUCUGUUGUCUAAUGAAACGGCCGAAAAAAUAGUGCUGAAAAUGUUUAGCAACGAUGAAACGGUAGUAAAUGCGGCUAUCGAUCUGCACGGAAUCCAUUACAGUUCAACUAAACCACCGGCCGAAGUGGAAACCGAUGCACUGAUAGCAAUAUUGGAUGUGUUUGAACGAUACACCUACCCGUUAGCUUCAUUCGAGACAGUAGUGAAGAAGCUCUGGCAGAAAGGAUUCUUCCGCCAGUUUGAUGAACUCUUUGCAAUGUUGAUCGUAGCUAAAAAUCGAACAAAUGCUACCUUCAUUGCCAGCUGUAUCGCGCACACGAUAACUUACUGCCAUCAGCUGCUGAUGGAUGACAUCGGUGCAAAGAUUUCACCUGCACUGCAACCACUGCCGGAUACCGUAAACUGGACAUUUAUACGCAAACGGAUGGAAAGCUUCGUGAGCGGUUAUCCCAAGUGUUUGGUGGAAGCAUCCAAGACAGCGAAUCUUUACAACUUGUUGCUAAACUGUCUGCAGCCGGAAAACACCGAACUGUACCGGGUCGCUAGCGUAGACUGUGAAGCAUACUACGAGGAAAUAUUAUUCAACAUACUCUCGAAAAUUGCGCUGAACGGAACUAGCUACAGUGUGCUAUUCAAUACGCUAACCACCAUCUACAGCUUCGACACUAUCGCCCACAUUUCGGAAGAUGUUUGGAACGAACUGACGGAACAGUACUACACCGUCUUCUUUCACAUCCGUACCCGCUUGAGGCGCUAUAAUUUGGGUGUUGACACAAAGCUGAUGGAAUCGUACUCCGCUGCUGUAAUGCGGCUGUGCGUACUAAUCGAGAUAAACAGCACGUCCGAGAAUGUUUUCACGCUGGUGGAAUAUCUGGAAAACGAUUUACGACUCUUAAAGAAGAUGAACCUAUCCAACGAAGGCGAAGCCAUCUUCUAUCGACUCUACAAAAAUGCAUUGAAUGCGGGCGUUCGUUGCUGCCUGGAGAAACGCCCGAACAGGAGAUUAGACCAGUUUGGUAAACGCGUGCAAGCGUUUAUGGACGAGCUGGUUGAUGAACUGGAUUGCGACGAUCGUACGUGCGCUGCUGGGUGGCACGUGACAAAUGCUCUCUGCAAUAUGCUGAUACUGACACAGCAAACGUACGCAAACCUGUUGCCGGUACUCUCGAAGAAGUUGACGUAUUGCGUUGAGGCGGAAGUAUUAGAGAAGCUUGCUAAGUACGUUGAGCGUCAUGUGUUCAUCGGAAAGUCUGGAAUAGACGAGGACACCAAUUGCCUGUUGGAAAGAAGGCUGAUGCUCGCGACCUACAAUGAUGUAUAUCGGCAACAUCAAGCAUUACCGCAACAAAUCGACACACGCCACGUUCUGAAACAUUACGAAGAAAAUGGCCUGUUUGCCGAAGAACUGGAACAGCUGUUGAAGAUUGUGUUUGAGAAUAAUCGGAACGAGUUUUAUAACAUCAUUGCACAAAUAGUGGUGGAUUUUUGUAAAAAAUCAAAGCAGAGCGCGAAAGUGAAGAAAUUUUUGUCGAGCUUGCAUACAUUUCAAACAAAAUGCUCGACGGAAGAGAUGGAUGAACAAGAGCAUUCGCUCGCACUCAUUAAAUCUAUUGUUGAUCAAAUAUUGGAACAAGCUGAUACUGUGAAAGGGAUACCGGAAAGCGAACUAGGAAAACUGCUCCACUCGCUGAAUCCUUGGGUGACACGCAUGCCUUCAGAGAGCAGCAAGGAAUUAAAUCAAUUUAUUCGACGCCAUCCACAUUAUUUGGCUUUAAAGGGUAAAGAAUCAUUACAAUUUCGCAUUCCUUUGCAAAUGUUUAUGAAAUUACUUAAAAAGAAGUAA